UAUCUCUGCUCCGGCGCCGCUUUCGACGACUACCACAAACACCAUCCUCCCUCGUGUUUACCGAUCGAUAUCUGCCCGCGCAUUUCUUCGCUGCCAACUUAGAUGGAGAAUUUCCUUAUCUCGCCCUCUCAACUCUAGCGCCUCCGUCAUUGGGCAUCCGCUCUUCCUGCUUAUUGCUGGGCACUCUGUUUUUCUUUGCGCAACACGACGUUGAGCCUUCUUCAGCCCUCUGGACGUACUUUUGCCGCUCAGCUAUUGCGACAUGGACGCAAGGCCGCAGCGUCCCCUUCGAUGUGUCCGCAUCAACGACGAGAAUGCGCCUCCCCAAGGCGUUGCCGGAAAGGUCAUUCACCACCGCAACAAGUCUACACCAGCCCUAAUCGGAACGCUCGAGCCAUGGAAAGGCAUCAAGGCGGCGCCGGCAAAGCGCACGGCUUUUGCAGAUGUCAGCAACACACUGAGGCAGCCGUUGACCAAGCAUGACAUCCAUCUGCCAAGCAAGAGUAGUCAACUCGAAGUGCUCAAGGACCCCGCUGUCGUCCCAGCAAAGGAGGUACAGAAGUCAGCCACUCUCCUCAAAGCACCGCAGAGGCCUCUGGGAGUCAACGCGUCGAAGAUGAACGCGUCCAUCAUUACAACGGCUGUUCCACCGAUCCCCAAGCACAUAGCACCUGAGGCUUUCGAUGGCAUCACAUCGGCCCCCAUCCGCAAAACCUUGAACAAGAAACCGACCACGAUUUUCAAGGAGCGUUGUGAUCCUGUCGUAGACAUUGCAAGUUUUCCCGUCGAAGUUGCUCAUCUCCUCGAUGGGACGCGUAAACCUGUGGGCGGCCAUUCGAAGGCGAAAUCUUACCUCGAACACGGACCAGUGGCGGUAGAGGCAGUGGAGGAGGAGCCAUUGCAUCAGGCACUUCCAAAAGUGCCCUACAUAGAGCCACUCGCUCAGCAGCUUGCGCAACAGCCUAUCCCAGACGUGCCCGCUUACCCUGAACCAAAGCAUGCGUCUGUCGUCACGAAGGCUUCCACCAUUCAGCAGCAGGCCAAGGUAAUGGCUGUUCAAGUUGAGGUCACAGAGCAAUAUGAAUAUCUGGAUGCGCUUGAAGAGCAAGUAGAGCCGGCCGAUCACGAUCGUAAAGACGAAGUCACUCAGGCCCACGCCGUAACUCGCUUAGACCAAGAGGAAUACUGGGAUGAGGAUGACGAAGAAGAGUACUAUGACGCAGAUGGAUACACCACUGCUCGAUCUCUGCGUUCUCGAGGCGACAAUACCACCGGCGGUGUUACGUUGGUCCUUGCUCCCAGGGUUACGGCCAAGUCGCAGCGAGAGCUGGAAGCUGCUAAGCAGUACGUAGAGGCGCAUAAAACAGUGGAAGAUAUCGAGGAUGAGCAAUGGGACAUUUCGAUGGUUGCAGAAUACGGAGAUGAAAUUUUCGAGUACAUGCGUACUCUAGAGGACCGCAUGACUCCCAAUGCGUCUUAUAUGGACCAUCAAGCCGAGAUACAAUGGUCGAUGCGUUCAGUUCUGAUGGAUUGGCUUGUUCAAGUUCACAAUCGUUUCGCACUCUUGCCUGAGACGUUGUUCCUCAGCGUCAAUUACGUCGACCGUUUUCUCUCCUGCAAGGUUGUGUCCCUGGGCAAGCUUCAGCUCGUGGGCGCUACUGCUCUGUUCCUUGCCGCCAAGUAUGAGGAAAUUCAGUGCCCCUCUGUUCAGGAGAUGGUUUACAUGGUCGACAAUGCGUACACGAUCGAUGAGAUCCUGAAGGCCGAAAGGUUUAUGCUUAGCAUGCUAAACUUUGAGCUGGGUUGGCCCGGGCCGAUGAGUUUUCUCAGAAGGAUCAGCAAGGCCGACGAAUAUGACCUGGAGACACGUACACUCGCAAAGUAUUUCCUUGAGCUCACUAUAAUGGAUGAGCGCUUUGUCGGUUGCACGCCGAGUUUUCUGGCAGCCGGAGCGCACUGUCUCGCUCGACUGAUGCUCAAGAAGGGCGACUGGACUCAAAGCCACGUACAUUAUUCCGGCUAUACCCUACAGCAGCUUCGUCAGUUGGUCAUGGUCAUACUUGAAUGUUGCGACAACCCUCGGAAGCAUCAUGGGGCGAUUUUCGACAAGUAUACCGAAAAACGCUACAAACGUGCUUCCAUCUUCGUCGAGACCGAACUUGCGAAGGGUUUCCAGCUCCCCUUUGCCUCCAGGGACAGCUUUGCGGGGCAUGGCUUGAUCUGGAAGCGGAAGUAGAUACCAUCCAUACCAUGGAAAAACCCACUUCACGACGUUGACAUUUUCAUAGGAGUUAUUCUCUUCUAGGAGUGCACCAGCAGACGGACAUUUGCGAACUCCCAACACUAGGCGACCAACAUCACUUCGGACGUCAAACCUCUUUCCAUUCUUGUUUAUUGUUCACAGACUCACGGCGCUCCGGCGAGUCCAUCCAUGUGCGAAGAGCUCAUCAGGCGCACAGUGCAUUUCGAUCGAGGGCCAAUCCCCUGGAGCCCACUUUUCCACUUUAAUUCUUUGCGUGGUC